UUCACGCAGCCCGAACAUGGCCACCCCGGCAACGUGCACCCGCUUCACCGACGAAUACCAGCUGUACGAGGAGCUCGGCAAGGGAGCUUUUUCAGUGGUCCGCAGAUGUGUGAAAAAAUCAUCAUCCCAGGAGUAUGCUGCAAAAAUCAUCAAUACCAAGAAGCUGUCAGCCAGAGACCAUCAGAAACUGGAACGUGAAGCUCGGAUCUGCCGGUUGUUAAAACACCCAAACAUUGUGCGGCUCCAUGAGAGUAUUUCAGAAGAAGGUUUCCACUACCUCGUCUUCGAUCUGGUCACUGGUGGGGAGCUCUUCGAAGAUAUUGUUGCCAGGGAAUACUACAGUGAAGCUGAUGCCAGCCACUGCAUUCACCAGAUUUUGGAGAGCGUCAAUCAUAUUCAUCAGCAUGAUAUUGUACACAGAGACUUAAAGCCUGAAAACUUGCUACUUGCAAGUAAAUGCAAGGGUGCUGCUGUCAAACUGGCUGAUUUCGGACUUGCAAUUGAAGUACAGGGGGAACAACAGGCAUGGUUUGGGUUUGCUGGUACUCCAGGCUACUUGUCCCCAGAGGUCUUAAGAAAAGAUCCUUACGGAAAGCCAGUGGAUAUAUGGGCAUGUGGAGUCAUUCUGUACAUAUUACUAGUGGGGUAUCCCCCAUUUUGGGAUGAAGAUCAGCACAAACUGUAUCAGCAGAUCAAAGCAGGAGCCUAUGAUUUCCCUUCUCCAGAGUGGGACACUGUGACGCCAGAAGCAAAGAACUUAAUCAACCAGAUGCUGACAAUAAAUCCUGCAAAACGUAUCACAGCUGAUCAGGCUCUUAAGCACCCAUGGGUCUGUCAACGAUCUACUGUGGCUUCCAUGAUGCACAGGCAGGAGACUGUGGAAUGCUUAAGGAAGUUCAAUGCCAGAAGAAAGCUGAAGGGUGCAAUCCUCACAACCAUGUUGGUGUCUCGGAAUUUUUCAGUUGGCAGGCAGAGCUCCGCCCCUGCUUCGGCCGCCAUGAGUGCUGCCGGCCUGGCUGAGCAAGCUGCCAAAAGCUUACUGAACAAGAAGUCUGAUGGAGUAAAGAAAAGGAAGUCAAGCUCCAGCGUGCAUUUGAUGCCACAGACCAACAACAAAGCCAGUGUAGUAAGCCCAGCAAAAGAAACGCCCCCAGUGCAGAUGUCCAUGGAACCACAAACUACUGUUGUCCACAAUGCUAAUGAUGGCAUAAAGGGUUCUACAGAGAGCUGUAAUACCACCACUGAAGAUGAAGACCUGAAGGCGCCCCCUCUCUCCAUCCGGGAUGGCGGUUCAGUGCUUGAAGGACGGAGCCACUGUGCAAGCAAAACCCAGACUGAGUCCAUGCAGUCCCAGCUUUCGCUCUGUUAUUCAGCCAGCACUACUACUACUACCACUACUACACAAUCUUGUGAAGAGAAACUUCUUGCCUGGGACAGCCCAGGGCAAACAGUGGAGUUGGAUCGUGCUCAGUCGGAGCCUGUCCUAACUCCAGUAGUUCCAUUUGCACAUAACAGUCCACCAUUGCGUAAGCAAGAGAUCAUCAAGAUCACAGAGCAACUGAUUGAGGCAAUCAACAAUGGAGACUUUGAGGCUUACACGAAGAUCUGCGACCCUGGGCUGACUUCAUUUGAACCUGAAGCACUGGGAAACCUCGUGGAGGGAAUGGAUUUCCACAAGUUUUACUUUGAGAAUUUACUGUCGAAGAACAGCAAGCCAAUCCACACCACCAUCCUGAAUCCCCACGUCCAUGUUAUUGGUGACGACGCUGCUUGCAUUGCCUACAUCCGUUUGACGCAGUAUAUUGAUGGCCAAGGCCGGCCUCGCACCAUGCAGUCUGAAGAAACCCGCGUUUGGCACCGCCGUGAUGGCAAGUGGCUGAAUGUCCACUACCACUGUUCUGGGGCCCCAGCAGCUCCGCUCCAGUGAAGCUGAAACAUGGCAGCUUUCGGAGAUACUCAGCGGGAGGGCAAUAUCUUCUCAGCAAGCAGCUCUGGAGUACCUGAAUGACAGCAACGGUCAUGUUCGUUUUGACGUUUUAAAAAAAUAUGAAUUACAAACCGGCAGCAGCCAAAUGCACGAAACCCUGCAUGAAUCUGAUGCUCCGGGCGCUGCCACCUUUCUGUUGUUUUUCCAUGGAUCCAUCGUGUCUGUUUCUGCUGUACGAAGGUGUCUUAUAAAUCUCGAGCGAAACCCAUAUUGUUUGUAUAGAAGAGAGAUCAUCCAUGACGGAGUGUCCAGCGCCUCCUCUCCAGGGCUGAUGAUGGGGCAGCAGCUGCACAGCAUCUUUCAGAACCGGAGCAAAGGAAGGGGGAGAGAGGAAGCGGCUUAGGCAGCCGAAUGCUGGAAUCUGUGCUCGGUGGAGGCACAGUGGGAACUCACACUGGGUUCAGGUUAUGCUGCAGCUUUAAUCGGUGAGAUGUGGAUGGUGGUGGGCUCCCUAGGGCUAGAGUGGAGAAAGGGGUACCGGGGGGGGGGGGGGAGGACAUUUCUCACCUCUCUCCCAUCCAGCAGACUGACUUGUGCUCAAGCGUCAGCGGUGGAGAUGAGGCAGUCAGCUGCUCGUUUGGCCACUGGCUCCCACUGACGGACUGCGCAAAAAUGAACAAGAAUCUUUUAAGGAACAAGUGUGGGCUGGUUUAAAUAGCAUAGGAGCUUGCUCUUCAGAGAUGCACUGAUUUUGACAAACAGCCACUCCUUGGAGGUGUGAAGUCAGCUAAUAAGGGUAAAUUUUAAGAGCAAAUGAUAUUAGGGGGAAGAGAGUACAUGAAUGGCUUAUUUUAUUUUAUUUCUGUUUAGAAUAGAUGGGAUCCAGAGUGCUGCAGAACAUGUGCUCCUUAAGAAACAGUUGAAAAGCUUUGUGUUACAUUCUGCCCUGAAGAUUUGCACACACAUGCGUUUGCUUCCUGUAUGGUGUGUAACUUAGUUUGUGUUUUUUAAUGAAAUAGAUAGAUAUAUAUGCACCCUUAUAACUAUGGGGCUAGCUGGUUUCCCAGUUUGAUUUGUUUUCUGAUAAAACUAGCAAAUGGGAACCAGCAACUUCAGGGAAGUGCUUUUCCCAUUAGCCCUGUUCAUCUAACAUUGCUUUACUUCCUGUUGUUCCAUUGGGUGUAUUAUUUUUUGUGUGUGUUUGUCCUCCCAAUCUGCGCUGGUGUACUUACUCAGUAAACCAUUGAAUGAGAGCCUUGUUUUUACUUCAGGCAGAAGGUUCUACAGUUUCUGCUGCAGUUUCCUCUGGUAGAGUAGAAACCGUACACACCCCACAUAACAAAGGGGAAUGUUGUUUUGCACCAACCAUAUUUGUCUCCCUUGCUACAAUGGAGGGCAGUCAAUGUUCUUUAUUCCCUACAUAGGAAAUGUUUGGCAGUUUCACACUUUGGCCUCUGCUUUACCCUUUUUCUGAGUAGUAGAAGUGGGAUAGAAGCCUUCCUAGUAAAUGUUCCAAGUUCAGCUUUACACCAUUGCUCUUUCUGCAUCCUGUCUAUGAGGGGCACCGAUGCUUUCUGCAUGUCCAGUCACUAAAUUUGAGAACAUGGGAUUCCAUUAUAUUCCCUCUUUUGCUGCCUAAGUAGGACCGAGCAGAAUAGCAGGGAGGUCGUCUUUUAGUGGAGUUUAGAAACGUAUAAACUUGAUCCCAUGGAAGGAGAAGAACAGGGAUGCAUUUCUGUUUGGCAGGGGACAUCUCGGCGAUGUGCCUGCUAAUGAGAGACUGCUUGUCCCCAUAGCAUUUAUCACAGCUUAUCUCUAGUGCAGGAAAAGGGCAUUCACCCUUUGUAAAGUUUGCCUAUGUAAAUCCGCCUCCUCCGCCUUUUGGCCUCAACUAGAGUAACCUGGAGGGGAGGGAGCGGGGAAGAAAUGUAUCAAAUGGAGGGAUAGAUGCUAAACUUUUAAUAUAGAACAUACUUAGACAGCACUAAGCUAGCGAGUGAGGUAACAGAGAAAAGCCUUGAUAAUUUUAUUCAGGUUUUUAACAAUAAAGUCACAAAGUGGGGAACAGGAAAUUAGUUAUGCAGCUUUUUAAAACAAGACAAAAUUCUGCAUGCUUUUGGGUCUGAUCUUUCCUGGUCUCAUUAUCUGAAGAUUAAUAAUAAAUCCUGUAUUACGUAUCUGCAUCUUUCAAAAAAGGUUGUGUGUUUUUUAACAGUUUGAGUUGGAUUUUUUUUGUCUUUGUUUUUGCACAGUCUUUAAGACCUGUUCUAAUUUAACAAGAACCUUAGCUUGGUAUGGCCGUUAUCAAACACAGCUAUAGAACUUUAGCAUUCUUAAUGUUCUCUUAUGGGGUUAAUGUAAGCAUCUAUAUAAUAUUAUAUCAAGUUUUAAACAGGAAAUGGAAGACGUUUGAUGCAAAAAUUUUGCAUGAUAGAGAAAUAAUUGAAAUCAAGUUAGGCCUUUUUUUCCUGAAUGUUGGUAGUACCUUCAUAGCUUUGUUAUAAUGAAACCUUGAACUGAAAAUAUUUAAUAAAAUAACAUUUAAAUGGUGCAAAAA